UUUUUGGUCCACAUUUUUCUUCCUUCGUCAUCAUUUUGUCAUUAUCAUCAUCAUACCAUUCACCACCUUCGGUUACGUUCAUCACUACAUAUACAUACUCAUUCACAAUUUUAUUUCAAUCAAUCUUUUCUUCACUACGCUACAUUUUCAUGGAUUCUCAUGAACCACAACAACCACACCCUCACCCUCACCCAGACCACCUUCAAUUGGAAAAUGUUGUACUAGUGGAUCCUAAUCCAUUCACAAACACUGUUUUGACCACCAUGAUGGAACCGAUCACUGCUCGAUUCCCUCAACUCCACAUGAACACUAACCAACCCCCUCAUUCCGAGCCUCUCAACAACAACAUUCCUUCUACCUUGAAACCAUGUGUGACUGCUUCCUCUGGAUCUGGUUCAAUCCAUAAAAAAAAGGGUCGACCGAGGAAGUAUUUUCCUGAUGGAAACAUUGCUUUGGUCUCAAGCCCAGCCCUGGAUGCUACCAUUACUUCUCAUUCUUCUUCCAUUGCCAAUAAGAGUACUAGGGGAAGAGGAAGGCCCCGUGGAUCAUUGAACAAGAAGAAGAAAGUUGAAGUGUCUGGAGUUAGUGGAACUGGUUUCUCUCAACAUGUGAUCACUGUGAACCCUGGAGAGGACAUUGUUAUGAAACUUAAGACUUUUUGUCAAGGAGGACCUAAUACAGAUAUGUGCAUUCUUUCUGCUCAUGGUUUAGUUGGUACUGUAGCUCUUCAUCAGUCAGGAACCAUUGUUCUUCGUGAGGGUCGAUUUGAGAUUUUAUCUCUAUCAGGAAUGUUAGAAGAAUUUGACAACAAAAAUGGCUUUAAGACAAUGGGUUACUUUAAGGUGUCUUUAGUGGAUCCUAAUUUAAACGUUUUGGGAGGUGUAGUUGCUGAUAAGCUUAUUGCGGCAUCCUUCGUAAAGGUUAUAGUGGGUAGUUUUACUUUGGAUGGCAAAAAUUGUAGCUCAAGUAACCUGAAAUUGGGGUCUUCUUCAAUGACGAUAUCUCAAUUUGCUGCUCCUAGGACUCCAACUAGUGCUGCUGCCUCUCAAGGGCCUUCAUCUAUGUCCUAUGGCAACAAUGAGAAUAUUCCCUUCGAUCAAGUGCUUGGAAUCUACAAUAAUGAUAGUGAACCCAUUCCUACAUUAUCGAUGUACCAACAAAUUGACUCACCAAACUCGAAGUGAGGAUGAGCUUCUAGGCUCAUCGGUGUAGAAGCAGGUUAUUUGCAUGGUGAUUGUUCGAUGUUCUGGCUGGAGGUUGAAUUCUAAAAGGGUGAUUUGAAUAAUUGGGACAAUUUUAUGGGAGUUUAUCUAUCAGUUUUUAUUAUGUUUCUUUUAUAUUUUCUGCUGAUUUGGAUUUAAAAACCAUUUAUAAAACAUUUCAAGCGAUGGUUGCUUUUGUUUAAUCAUAUUAUUGAGGUUUUAGAUCCUCUUAUGACAA